CUACUGCAAGGAUGCUACUCCCGAACUUCGCCAUGCUUCCACUUGCGGCAGAACCACAAGAUGUAGACGACCUCAUUGCAGGUCCCGAGACCAUAUCAGUUGAUGAAAUUGCCGAAGCAUUUGUUGCUCUCGAAGCACAGGAGAAUCAGGAAGAAUUUGUGAGUAUUGACAAUGUGGAGGUCCUUGGAGGAAAGGUAUUUGAUUUUGCCGAAUUGGAGCGUGUUGACUAAGGGAUAAUACCCCAAGCUGCUAUAGAUAAGGUUGAUGUCAUGAAUCAUGAUGGUGAGGAUGAUGGAU